AUGGGUGUACUCCGAAAAUGGAUGCCUACGAGUGCAGCUCAGGUCCGGUAUAUAUUCACAUAUUGGACCACACCCGCACCCGAAUCACCCUGGAUAAUUAACAAAAAAAAUGUCGCUGAAAGCCAAACACAACAGAACCUGAACCCGCAAAUCGAGUCCGCCAUUAAUAAUAUCACGAGCAGUGAAUUCAUGGCCUAUUACUUCUACGAACAGAUGGCAUGGUACUUUAACCGUGACAGCGUAGCGUUGCCAGGUUUUCACGCGUAUUUUCAGAGUAGGGCCGACGAUCUGAUGAAACUUGCUAGAAAGUUCAUGGAAUACCAGAACAAACGUGGUGGUCGUAUCAUAUUGGGCGACAUUCCUGCGUAUCCAAAACAGGACGGCUGGACACCACUGGAGGCAAUGGACAAGUCUAUAUUCGUGGAACAUGGUAUCAAGCAACAUUUACUAAAACAGAACGAAUUGGCCGAAAGUCUAAAGGAUUCCCAAUUUAGCGGCUUUUUGUCCAACUUUUUGAAUGAACAGGUUAUCGAUCUCAAGGAAAUGACUGAUCACGUGACACAAUUGAAGCGAGUGGGCCCAGGAAUCGGAGAGUAUUUAUACGAUAAAGAUUCUAUAAUGAAAGAAUCAUACUUUGACAAGAUCAAUCGAGACAAUUAUUAA